GCUUUGGUUUUGCCAAAAAUCACUUCAGCCAUUACUAUGAAUUUUAAAAAUUAUUAUUUAUGAGUUUUAACUUUACAAUAGGAGAAAUGACUGUGACCAACUUGGAUUCCAUUUAGUGGACUUGUAGGGCUUUUGUAUUGUUAUGUUUCAGAGGAGUAGUAGUAGAGAAUGAAAUUGUAGAAGAGCAGUGAUGAGGCUGUCAUAAAGGAGGAACAGAUCCUUCAAAAUACAUCUUGAGGAAGUUGAGUAAGAGCACGCUGAGGGGAAGGAGGGUUCAGGCUGUACCAUGGGUCAGCUGCUGCAUCCUCCUCCCUGUGAGUCACCCUCCCCGCCUUCCAUCAGCAAAUGGAAACAAAAAAAAAUAGAAGAAAAGGAAAAAAAAAAAAAAGGCAGAGAGGAUCCCUCAUGCCUUCUCACAGUAAGCACAGCACAGCUGCAGAUCCACACUUGGAAUUUGCACAUUCACAAACCCACUAACUACAAACUCUUGGAAAUAAUUGCUGAUUAAGGUGUGAUCCUGUGCCUGUGCUAACAGGGAGAACUGGAUGACGUGGAAAUGAAUGGACAGCAUUGCUCUUGAAGAGGAACCUCAGAAAGGAAUGGGCUCUGUUUUCCUGAGGCUGUUGGCCCCGAUCCCAGGAAUGCUAUAGAGGACACAGGGGAGCUCCAGACGCCAGUCAGGAUGAAUAUGGUGAAGAGGAUCAUGGGCCGGCCCCGGCAGGAGGAGUGCAGCCCCCAGGACAAUGCACUGGGGCUGAUGCACCUGCGGCGCCUCUUCACAGAGCUCUGCCACCCUCCCCGGCAUAUGACCCAGAAAGAACAGGAGGAAAAACUGUACAUGAUGCUGCCGGUAUUUAAUAGGGUGUUUGGAAAUGCUCCUCCAAGUACAAUGACAGAAAAAUUUUCUGAUCUCUUACAAUUCACUACUCAAGUGUCACGAUUGAUGGUGACUGAAAUUCGACGGAGAGCAUCGAAUAAAUCCACAGAGGCUGCAAGUCGUGCUAUCGUCCAGUUUCUGGAGAUCAAUCAAAGUGAAGAAGCAAGUAGAGGUUGGAUGUUGCUCACUACAAUUAAUUUGCUAGCUUCGUCAGGACAGAAAACUGUGGACUGCAUGACUACAAUGUCAGUGCCUUCCACACUCGUUAAAUGUCUGUAUCUGUUUUUUGACCUUCCACACGUGCCUGAGGUAGUUGGAGGAGCACAGAAUGAGCUACCUCUCGCAGAGCGCCGAGCGCUACUACAGAAAGUCUUUGUACAGAUCUUAGUAAAACUGUGCAGUUUUGUGUCCCCUGCGGAAGAACUGGCUCAAAAGGAUGAUUUGCAGCUUUUAUUCAGUGCAAUAACGUCAUGGUGCCCUCCCUAUAAUCUGCCUUGGAGGAAGAGUGCAGGGGAAGUUCUGAUGACCAUAUCGCGUCACGGCCUUAGUGUCAAUGUAGUGAAAUACAUUCACGAAAAAGAAUGUUUGUCCACGUGUGUUCAGAACAUGCAGCAAUCUGAUGACCUUUCUCCCCUUGAAAUAGUUGAGAUGUUCGCUGGGCUUUCUUGUUUUCUCAAAGAUUCCAGUGAUGUAUCACAAACACUACUGGAUGAUUUUAGGAUAUGGCAAGGAUACAACUUCCUCUGUGAUCUCCUCCUCAGAUUAGAACAGGCAAAAGAGGCUGAAUCAAAGGAUGCUUUGAAGGACUUGGUUAAUUUGAUUACUUCCUUAACAACAUAUGGUGUAAAUGAAUUGAAACCAGCUGGUGUUACCACUGGGGUACCUUUCCUGCUACCUGGAUUUGCAGUGCCGCAGCCUGCAGGCAAAGGUCACAGCGUGAGGAAUAUUCAAGCAUUUUCCGUCCUUCAGAAUGCAUUUUUGAAAGCAAAAACUAGCUAUCUAGCACAAAUUAUCCUUGAUGCCAUCACGAAUAUUUAUAUGGCGGACAAUGCCAAUUACUUCGUUUUGGAAUCACAGCACACGUUGUCUCAGUUUGCAGAGAAAAUUUCUAAACUUCCAGAAGUGCAGACCAAAUACUUUGAGAUGCUGGAAUUUGUUGUCUUCAGCUUGAAUUACAUACCCUGUAAAGAACUGAUCAGUGUGAGCAUCCUUUUAAAAUCCAGCACUUCUUAUCACUGUAGCAUCAUUGCCAUGAAGACGCUCCUGAAAUUCACCCGUCAUGACUACAUCUUUAAGGAUGUCUUCAGGGAGGUGGGGCUUUUGGAGGUGAUGGUAAAUCUUCUUCAUAAAUAUGCAGCCCUUCUGAAAGAUCCCACUCAGGCUUUGAAUGAUCAAGGGGAUUCAAGAAACAGUUCAUUUGAGGACCAAAAGCAGUUGGCUCUGUUGGUUAUGGAGACCCUGACGGUUCUACUACAAGGCUCAAACACAAAUGCAGGUAUUUUCAGGGAGUUUGGUGGUGCAAGAUGUGUGCACAACAUUGUGAAGUAUCCACAGUGCCGACAGCAUGCUCUGAUGAUCAUCCAGCAGUUGGUGUUAUCACCUAGUGGGGAAGAUGAUAUGGGCACUUUGCUGGGACUGAUGCACUCUGCUCCACCUACAGAACUGCAGCUGAAAACGGACAUCUUAAGGGCUCUCCUGUCGGUGCUAAGAGAAAGCCAUCGCACCAGAACUGUAUUUAGAAAAGUUGGUGGAUUUGUGUAUGUCACAUCUUUGCUCGUUGCUAUGGAAAGAUCUCUGUGCUCACCACCGAAGAAUGGCUGGGAGAAAGUAAACCAGAAUCAAGUGUUUGAACUGCUUCACACGGUGUUCUGCACACUGACUGCGGCAAUGCGCUAUGAGCCAGCCAACUCUCAUUUCUUCAAAACAGAGAUCCAGUAUGAAAAACUGGCAGAUGCUGUUCGAUUGCUUGGCUGCUUCUCAGACUCAAGAAAAAUAAGUCCAUUGAAUGUCUUUCCUUCAAAUACACAAUUAUUUCAAAGACUGUUGGAGGAUGACCUAAUCGCUCUGGAUUCUGUGUCACCUACGCUAAGACAUUGCAGCAAACUUUUUAUAUACCUCUACAAGGUAGCAACAGAUUCUUUUGACAGGCAUGCAUAUCAUUCUGUUUCAACACCUCCUGUUUGCCCUCAGAAAAACAUACCUGAUAUGAAACUCCAAGCGGGAUCUACAUCCAUGCAAAGCGCUGACGCGGUUGUUAUUCACCCUGGUGCUAUGCUUGCGAUGCUGGAUCUUCUGGCCUCUGUUGGAUCAACUACACACCCAGAGCAUGCGCUCGACCUCCAGCUGGCAGUGGCCAACAUCCUGCAGUCCCUUGUGCAUACGGAGAGGAACCAGCAAGUCAUGUGUGAAGCUGGGCUCCACGCACGCCUUCUCCAGAGAUGCAGCGCUGCUCUGGCUGAUGAGGACCAUUCGCUGCAUCCCCCGCUCCAGAGGAUGUUUGAAAGGCUGGCCUCCCAGGCAUUGCAGCCCAUGGUGCUCAGGGAAUUUUUACGCUUGGGAAAUCCUCUGAAUUGCGGAGCUUGGGACAAAAAGCUGUUGAAGCAGUACCGUGUGCACAAACCGAGCUCGUUGAGUUUUGAACCAGAAAUGAGAAAUAGCAUGGUUACCUCAAUGGAAGGUCUGGGUUCAGACAGCGUCUUCAGUUUGCAUGAGGACAGCCACUACCGGAUCAGUCGGAGCCUGCUCAAACCAGCUGAAGGAAGCACAGUCCCCCUGACGCGAGUGAAGUGCUUGGUGUCCAUGACAACACCCCAUGAUAUCAGGCUUCACGGCUCAUCAGUCACUCCUGCCUUCAUCGAAUUUGACACAUCUCUUGAAGGGUUUGGCUGUCUGUUCUUGCCAAGUUUGGCUCCCCACAAUGCACCCACCAAUAAUGCUGUCACGACAGGACUUAUUGAUGGUGCAGUUGUCAGUGGAAUUGGGACUGGUGAACGAUUUUUCCCACCACCAUCCGGUUUAAGCUACUCAACUUGGUUUUGCAUUGAACAUUUUAGUACUCCUCCUAAUAACCAUCCUGUCAGACUUCUUACUGUAGUGCGGCGCGCAAACUCCUCGGAGCAGCACUAUGUGUGCCUUGCCAUCAUCCUCUCAGCAAAAGACCGGUCACUAAUUGUUUCAACCAAAGAAGAAUUACUUCAAAAUUAUGUUGAUGAUUUCAGUGAAGAGUCGUCAUUUUAUGAAAUUCUUCCUUGUUGUGCCCGUUUUCGCUGUGGUGAGCUCAUUGCAGAAGGCCAGUGGCAUCACCUGGUUCUGGUCAUGAGUAAAGGCAUGCUGAAGAAUAGUACAGCAGCACUGUACCUUGAUGGACAGCUUGUUAACACUGUUAAGCUUCACUAUAUUCAUAGCAGUCCCAGUGGCUCUGGUUCUGCCAAUCCUCCUGUAGUCAGCACUGUCUAUGCCUAUAUCGGCACACCGCCUGCACAGCGCCAGCUCUCAUCCUUGGUGUGGCGCUUGGGCCCUACGCACUUCCUGGAGGAAGUUCUGCCUGCCCCAGGAGUUAGCACCAUUUAUGAACUGGGACCAAAUUAUGUUGGAAGCUUUCAAGCAGUAUAUGUACCGUGCAAAGAUUCCAAGUGUGAAGGAAAUAACCCAUGUCCAGUAUCAUUAGUACCAGAAGAGAAGGUCUCCUUUGGUCUCUAUGCACUCUCAGUUUCUUCUUUUACAGUGGCAAAAAUAAGGAAGGUUUACAACAAACUGGAUAGUAAAGCAAUUGCCAAGCAGCUUGCAAUUUCUUCUCAUGAAAAUGCCACACCUGUGAAGCUGCUACAUAACUCAGCGGGGCACUUGAAUGGACCUGCACGCUCCAUUGGUGCAGCUUUGAUAGGAUAUUUGGGAGUAAGAACAUUUGUUCCCAAGCCUGUUGCCACUACUCUGCAGUACAUUGGUGGAGCUGCUGCUAUUCUGGGACUUGUGGCCAUGGCAUCAGAUGUAGAGGGACUGUAUGCAGCUGUGAAGGCUUUAGUCUGUGUGGUAAAGAGCAAUCCACUAGCCAGCAAAGAAAUGGAAAGAAUCAGAGGUUACCAGUUGCUGGCGAUGCUGUUAAAGAAGAAACGAUCCCUUCUGAACAGUCACAUACUCCAUCUGACUUUUUCCUUGGUGGGAACUGUUGACAGUGGGCAUGAGACCUCCAUUAUUCCAAAUUCCACUGCCUUCCAGGAUCUGCUCUGUGACUUUGAGGUCUGGCUUCAUGCACCCUAUGAACUUCAUCUGUCAUUAUUUGAACACUUCAUCGAACUUCUCACAGAGUCCAGUGAAGCUGCAAAGAAUGCGAAGUUAAUGAGAGAAUUCCAACUUAUCCCAAGGCUGCUCUUGACUCUUCGAGAUAUGUCUCUCUCCCAGCCUACUAUCGCUGCAAUUAGCAAUGUGCUGAGCUUCUUGCUUCAAGGCUUCCCCAGCAGUUAUGACUUACUCAGGUUUGGACAGUUCAUCUCUUCCACUUUACCUACGUUUGCAGUCUGCGAGAAGUUUGUAGUCAUGGAAAUAAAUAACGAAGAAAAACCUGACAGUGGAACUGAGGAUGAUUUUGGAGGACUUGUUUCAGCUAAUCUUAUUCUACUGCGGAACAGGCUUUUAGAUAUCCUCCUGAAACUUCUAUAUACUUCCAAAGAAAAGACAGCUGUUAAUUUGCAGGCUUGUGAAGAACUGGUGAAGACCCUGGGGUUUGAUUGGAUUAUGAUGUUUAUGGAAGAACAUCUGCAUUCCACCACGGUCACGGCUGCCAUGCGAAUUCUUGUGGUCCUGCUGAGUAAUCAGUCCAUCCUUAUUAAAUUCAAGGAAGGUCUCAGUGGUGGAGGCUGGCUUGAUCAGACGGAUUCUGUCUUGACCAAUAAGAUUGGUACUGUGCUAGGGUUCAAUGUUGGCAGGAGUGCUGGUGGAAGAUCGACAGUCCGAGAGAUUAACCGUGAUGCAUGUCACUUCCCAGGCUUCCCUGUCCUGCAGUCCCUUCUCCCCAAGCACACAAAUGUACCUGCGCUCUAUUUCCUCCUCAUGGCCCUUUUCCUGCAGCAGCCGGUCACUGAGCUGCCCGAAAACCUGCAGGUCAGUGCGCCCAUCGCCAGCGGCCGAUGUAAGCAGGGCUCACAGUUUGAUUUAGAUUCUAUUUGGACAUUCAUAUUUGGAGUUCCUGCCUCUUGUGGCACUGUUACCUCUUCAGUACACAGUGUUUGCACAGAAGCUGCCUUCUUGCUGUUGGGAAUGCUGAGGAGCAUGCUGAAUUCACCCUGGCAGUCUGAGGAGGAAGGCUCCUGGCUUCGAGAAUAUCCCGUCACCUUGAUGCAAUUCUUUCGCUAUUUGUAUCACAAUGUGCCAGACCUUGUUUCCUUGUGGAUGAGCCCAGAGUUCCUGUGUGCGCUGGCAGCAACCGUAUUUCCUUUCAACAUACGACCUUAUUCUGAGAUGGUAGGAAAUUCAGUCACUGAUCUUGAUGAUGAGGUCGGGUCCCCAGCUGAAGAAUUCAAAGCCUUUGCAGCUGAUUCUGGGAUGAACAGGAGCCAGUCAGAAUACUGCAAUGUUGGCACCAAGACAUACCUAACGAAUCAUCCUGCCAAGAAGUUUGUGUUCGACUUCAUGCGUGUGCUGAUAAUUGACAAUUUGUGUCUCACACCAGCCAGCAAACAGACUCCGCUGGUGGAUCUUCUUCUAGAGGCUUCCCCUGAAAGAUCGACACGAACGCAGCAGAAGGAGUUCCAGACCUAUGUUUUGGAUAGCGUGAUGGAUCACUUACUUGCAGCCGAUGUUUUAUUGGGUGAAGAUGCAUCUCUGCCCAUAACAAGUGGAGGAAGCUACCAAGUCCUGGUGAACAAUGUGUUUUAUUUUACACAGCGUGUGGUAGAUAAACUUUGGCAGGGCAUGUUCAACAAAGAAUCCAAACUUCUUGUGGAAUUCAUAAUCCAGCUAAUUGCACAGUCAAAAAGAAGAUCUCAGGGACUAUCGCUGGAUGCUAUUUAUCACUGCCUGAACAGAACUAUCUUAUAUCAGUUCUCAAGAGCACACAAAACUGUUCCUCAGCAAGUGGCUCUCCUUGAUUCUCUGAGGGUCCUCACUGUGAACAGAAAUUUAAUUUUGGGACCUGGAAAUCAUGAUCAAGAGUUCAUCAGCUGUCUAGCUCACUGCUUGAUUAAUCUGCAUGUGGGAAGCAAUGUUGAUGGGUUUGGAUUGGAAGCAGAAGCCAGGAUGACAACUUGGCACAUUAUGAUCCCUUCAGAUAUAGAACCAGAUGGAGUCUACAAUCAAGAUGUCAGUGAAGGUCGCCAGCUUCUUUUAAAAGCCAUAAACAGAGUGUGGACGGAGCUGAUUCACAGUAAAAAACAGGUUUUAGAAGAAGUUUUUAAAGUGACGCUGCCUGUCAAUGACCGUGGCCAAGUGGAUAUAACUGUUGCAAGACCUUUAAUUGAGGAAGCAAGUUUAAAGUGUUGGCAAAAUCAUUUGGCCCACGAAAAGAAGUGCAUCAGUAGAGGGGAGGCUUUGGUUCCAAGCACACAGUCCAAGCUUUCACGAGUCAGCAGUGGGUUUGGCCUCUCUAAACUAACAGGUUCUAGGAGAAACCGGAAGGAGAGUGGACUCAACAAACACAAUCUCUCUACACAGGAAAUUUCCCAAUGGAUGUUUACUCACAUCGCAGUGGUUCGAGACCUCGUUGAUAUGCAGUAUAAAGAAUAUCAGGAGCGUCAGCAGAAUGCAUUAAAAUAUGUGACAGAAGAGUGGUCUCAGAUUGAAUAUGAGUUACUACGAGAGCGAGGUUUGUGGGGUCCUCCCAUUGGUUCCCAUCUGGACAAGUGGAUGUUGGAGAUGACUGAGGGGCCCUGCCGAAUGAGGAAGAAGAUGGUGCGAAAUGACAUGUUUUACACUCAGUAUCCCUACAUGCCUGAAGCUGAGCAGGAAACAAACUUGCUGUCUGACCUCUCAAGUAGACUUCCUGAGACAGCUGAUGAUACCGUUCCUCAAAAGAAACCUGCUCGCUACCGAAGGGCUAUAAGUUACGACAGUAAGGAGUACUACAUGCGCCUGGCAUCUGGAAACCCUGCCAUCUUCCAGGACACCAUAGAGGAAAACACAGUGGGUGAAACCACUCAGCAGGAGCCAGAACAUGGGGAGGACACAAUUGCGAGAGUCAAAGGCCUAGUGAAGCCUCCCCUGAAACGGUCUCGCUCUGCUCCUGAUGGAGGAGAUGAUGAGAACCAGGAACAGUCACAAGAUCAAAUUGUCGAGGGCAGUUCGAUUGAUGAAGAAGAGAAGACUGACAAUACAACUUUGCUUCGACUUCUUGAAGAAGGAGAGAAGAUUCAGCACAUGUACCGCUGUGCUCGGGUACAGGGCCUUGACACUAGUGAAGGGCUGCUCCUCUUUGGCAAAGAGCACUUUUAUGUAAUUGAUGGAUUCACCAUGACAGCCACCAGAGAAAUACGCGACAUUGAGACAUUGCCUCCAAAGAUGCAUGAGCCAAUCAUACCAAGGGGGGCAAGGCAAGGUCCAAGUCAACUCAAAAGAACGUGCAGCAUUUUUGCAUAUGAAGAUAUUAAGGAAGUACAUAAAAGGAGAUACCUUUUGCAGCCAAUUGCAAUUGAAGUUUUCUCAGGAGACGGACGAAACUAUCUUCUGGCGUUCCAAAAAGGGGUCAGAAAUAAAGUUUAUCAGAGGUUUUUGGCUGUGGUGCCAUCUCUAACUGACAGUUCGGAGUCAGUGUCUGGACAGAGGCCAAACACCAGCGUAGAACAAGGGUCUGGCUUGCUUAGCACUUUAGUGGGAGAGAAAUCUGUUACUCAAAGAUGGGAAAGAGGAGAAAUCAGUAAUUUCCAGUACCUGAUGCACUUAAACACCCUGGCGGGCCGAUCCUACAAUGAUCUCAUGCAGUACCCUGUCUUUCCCUGGGUCCUCGCAGACUAUGAUUCAGAGGAGUUGGAUCUUACAAAUCCCAAGACAUUCAGAAACUUGGCAAAGCCCAUGGGAGCUCAAACAGAAGACAGGUUGGCCCAGUACAAGAAACGAUACAAAGACUGGGAAGAUCCCAAUGGUGAAACUCCAGCUUAUCAUUAUGGGACCCAUUAUUCAUCUGCCAUGAUAGUGGCUUCCUAUCUUGUCCGGAUGGAGCCUUUUACGCAGAUUUUCUUACGACUACAGGGCGGUCACUUUGACCUGGCAGAUCGAAUGUUUCACAGUGUGCGAGAGGCCUGGUACUCAGCAUCAAAGCACAACAUGGCAGACGUGAAAGAGCUCAUUCCAGAAUUUUUCUACCUCCCUGAGUUCUUGCUCAAUUCCAACAAUUUUGAUCUCGGUUGCAAACAAAAUGGCACUAAGCUUGGAGAUGUAAUACUCCCUCCGUGGGCAAAAGGAGACCCUCGUGAAUUUAUCAGAGUUCACCGGGAGGCUCUGGAAUGUGACUUUGUGAGUGCACAUCUGCAUGAGUGGAUUGACUUGAUCUUUGGCUAUAAACAACAAGGUCCUGCUGCAGUAGAAGCUGUAAAUGUCUUUCACCAUCUCUUCUAUGAGGGGCAAGUGGAUAUAUAUAACAUCAAUGAUCCCUUAAAAGAGACAGCUACUAUAGGAUUUAUUAACAACUUUGGACAGAUACCAAAACAGCUCUUCAAAAAGCCACACCCUCCAAAGCGUGUUAGAAGCCGACUGAAUGGGGAGGCUGCAGGAACCUCUGUGCCCCCAGGUUCCACAAGUGACAAGAUUUUUUUCCAUCAUUUGGACAACCUGCGGCCAUCUCUCACACCAGUGAAAGAGCUCAAGGAGCCUGUGGGACAGAUUGUGUGUACUGAUAAGGGUAUUCUGGCUGUUGAACAGAAUAAGGUUCUCAUCCCUCCUACAUGGAAUAAAACUUUUGCCUGGGGCUAUGCAGAUCUCAGCUGUAGACUGGGUACCUACGAGUCGGACAAGGCAGUAAUUGUUUAUGAAUGUUUGUCAGAGUGGGGUCAGAUACUGUGUGCCAUUUGUCCCAAUCCCAAGCUGGUUAUCACUGGGGGAACAAGCACAGCGGUGUGUGUGUGGGAAAUGGGCAUCUCCAAAGAAAAAGCUAAAGCCCUCACAUUGAAACAGGCAUUACUGGGUCAUACUGACACUGUCACGUGCUUGACAGCAUCACUAGCUUAUCACAUCAUCGUGAGUGGCUCACGGGAUCGCACCUGCAUCAUCUGGGAUUUGAAUAAGCUCUCAUUUCUUACACAGCUUCGAGGUCACAGGGCUCCAGUUUCAGCACUCUGUAUAAAUGAAUUAACGGGGGAUAUUGUAUCAUGUGCUGGCACUUACAUUCAUGUAUGGAGUAUUAAUGGCAGCCCCACUGCAAGUGUGAACACUUUCACUGGUCGAAGCCAGCAAAUCAUGUGUUGUUUCGUGUCAGAGAUGAAUGAAUGGGAUACCCAAAAUGUCAUUGUGACAGGACAUUCAGAUGGAGUUGUACGGUUCUGGCGGAUGGAGUUUUUGCAAGUACCAGAAACACCGGCUCCAGAGCCUGCAGAGGUGCUGGAAAUGCAAGAGGAUUGCCAAGAAGCACAGAUAGGACAGGAAGCCCAUGAAGAAGACAGCAGUGACUCUGACGCAGAUGAUCCAUGCAUUGGUCAGGAUGUGAAACUGCAGGAGAGCCAAAGUCAGCCAGGCAGCACCAGCCACAGACCGAGGUCAGCCUCAAACAGAGUGGCAGCAGCAUGGUCGGCAGACAGUGGCUCGGAUGACUCCAGACGUUGGUCAGACCAGCUUAGCUUGGAUGAGAAAGAUGGCUUUAUCUUUGUGAAUUAUUCUGAAGGACAAGCAAAAAUACAUCCCCACGCUCAGGUUAACCACCUGCACCCCAGCUAUGCUGAAGCACGGCACUACAGUAAGCUUAAACCAGGAUACCGAUGGGAGCGUCAGUUGGUGUUUAGGAGCAAACUAACUAUGCACACAGCAUUUGAUCGCAAAGAUAACGCACAUCCAGCAGAAAUCACUGCCCUCGGCAUCUCCAAGGAUCACAGCAGAAUUCUCAUUGGGGAUGGCCGUGGCCGAGUGUUCAGCUGGUCUGUGAGUGAUCAGCCAGGCCGGUCAGCAGCCGACCACUGGGUGAAGGAUGAGGGAGGGGACAGCUGCUCAGGCUGUGCAGUCCGGUUCUCACUCACAGAGAGGCGUCACCACUGCAGGAACUGUGGGCAGCUCUUCUGCCAGAAGUGCAGUCGGUUUCAGUCUGAAAUCAAGCGUCUGAAGAUUUCAUCGCCAGUCAGAGUCUGCCAGAACUGUUUCUACAACUUGCAGCAUGAGCGGGGCUUAGAGGAAGGGCCCAGGAAUUGAUGAGGUGGUGGUAAAUGGAGACCCUGUACAGUCCUGCUGUCACCCUGAGAACUAAUGUGAGCAUUGUGCUGCGAUCAGAAGGGAGUAGAAUAUUGUCUGUUUACACUUAAGUUUAUACUGCAUUUUAAGCACUGAAAGUAUAAGGGAUCAUUGAAUUGAUUUGUGUUGAUGGAAGGUGUGUGAUAGGUGAAUGGCACGUUGGAAGAGCCAGGCCCAAGAAGACAUGGUUAAUAACCACAGAUACAGUAGAACUGUCAACCUCUAACAAUGUUGACACGGCUAUGAAGAAAAUUCUCACUUACCCUAAACACCGGUUCUUGUCUUGUUUUUGUAGAGCUAGUCAUCUGUACUGGGGUGGGGGGUGGGAGGGAAGGGAAGGCUUUUUAGAAGAUAGUUGUAAAUCUGCCUUCUUCGCAAGCAACUGUGUAUAUUGUAAAUAGAUAUAAUGGCCUUUUUAUCUAAAUAUGAACCUAACUGCCUGUUACAUGGGACUUCAGAUUAACCACUAUACUUUGUGUGGCAUCUUUCUCAUCUAUCAACUUAAAUAUGAAUGUUUAGAUAAUAACAACAACAACAAAAAAAACAACAGAAAACUCAAAGGCAUUAUGUGUAUUUCUGUUAAAAAUCCAGUCUGUGCACAUUCGUUCUUCAGUUGCCCACAGUAUCUUAAUUUAAAUAAGGCUAUUCAUGGAACUACAUGGAUUUUUUUGUCAAAAGAAAACUUUUUUUGAGAAUAGGACUUGGAGUAUUUUAUUCUAGCUGUAAGAUAACCAGGAACUAAAUUGUAAACUUUGGUUGCAUUUUAUACCAAAACUAUUUACUGCCUCAGUGUUGUUCAUAUUUAACAAGGCCUGUUUUAUACAUAUGUCAGAGCUGCAGUUUUGUUAAUUACUUAGUGUUCAUUAGCAGCUGAUUCAUGCAGUGCAAGAACCAGCUUUUACCUUCUUUAAGUCAGUAGCGAUUGGCUUGCAUACAGGUACAGAAUGAAUUUUCCUGUGCAUAGAAUUUUACCACUGUUGUCCCGUAGCUUAUUUGAAAAAAAAAAAAAAAUUAAAAAAAUAAAAAUGUUUGGAACAACGUAGUCGUUCUGGAACGGGUUAGUGCUUGUUCUGCCAGAGAUGCUUUUAAGAGCUGUCUCCGUGUGUCAGCAAAUGGCAUGACCCUGAGGACAGUGGUAGAUUUCCAUUACCAUUUUUAAGUUUUAAAAUGAAUUGAAUUGCAGUAUUUUUUUACUACUCUGUCACUUCUUUUGCACUACAUGUGGGAUGAAGUAGAAACAUGGACAUCCACUGGGAUUGGAACACGCUCACCACACAGGCCCGUGGACUUUCCGAAGGAGGUUUUAACAGUGGGUUUGUUUGUUUGUUUUGAAUAUGCGUGUAUAUAUUUUGUAAAUGUGUGACAAACUGAUCUAGAUCUAGGUAAGUUCACAUUGGGUUCUUCAAAACAACAGUACGGAUGUGACCCAAAGCAACAGAAGACAGGCAGCCCUACUUUUGCUCUGCAGAACAUCAGUGUGUGUAUUUGGCUGCAGACAGAGAGGUUACCCUGCACUGGCAGGCACUGGGCAGACUCCGUCCCCAGGAAGAAGAUGGUUUAAGCUGUUGUUGGAAUUGCAGUGUGGGAAAUGCCAGCCCCUCUGUGACAGUGGGUUCCUGUACCUUGGAGACACAUUUGUCUUCUCUUGGCUGGACCUUCUAGAUCCAUUUGUUAAUCCUAACCACUUACUCUCUACCCUGGUAACACGUGUUUAUGCACUGAAGGUUAAAUAUGUAUUUUGACACGUUUGUUUAUAAAGUAUGUGCUGGUCUGUAAAAUGAGAAAUUCCUGUUCUGGUAUGUAUACUAGAUUCCCAAAUGAGCAGAAAGGCUUUUCUAGAGCCCUUGCACACUGUUGAGUAAAUGCAGGUUUGUUUAGGUUAGCUGACCCAAAUAGAUCCCUUCGGAUCCAAACUGUGAUAAGUAGCUGCGUUGCAUGGCUCCCUUGGCAGAUUUAUUGUUGAAAAUAGAAGGGGGGAAGCCCUCAGUGAAACGUGCAUGGAAUGCCGGAAUACCUAUAUUCAGAUGUUCUCUAACGUUGCCUUGACCCUUCCCAAAAUGAUGCGAAGCCAGCAUAGUUCGAAGAUGGGCUGGUGGCCAACAUGUUUACUGAUUGAAGAGAAAGCUCUUUUAACAACCAUUAAAUGCUUUUAAAUCCUCAGAGAUUCUCCCCUCUUGCCUCUAGUUUUCAAAACGAAACCGAAUUUAAGGCAGAAUUCUGUUCCGUGAAUUGAUUCCAAUGAAACCCUAAUCAAAACAGAGCUGCUGGCAGUAACUUUGGUAUAACCUGAACAUUAGAAGUAAGAUCUGGCAUAUAUGACUAAUGUGGGCUUAUGAAGACUGUGCACUGUCAGUGAUGAUGUAGUUGGCUGUUGUUUGGCUAUGCA